GUAAAUAAUAUAUCAUCAUAUCAACACCGAAAAAUGCUGUAAAUAUUAGUGCCAAAAAUUCAAAUAUAUAGAACUAUAUCUUUCAUAAAGAAAACACAUAAAUAAAGAAACACCUAUGUACCCGCAAUCAAAAGUUCCGCCGGUUCGGCCACGCUCCAGCUUAUCAACCGACGACCAUCAUUAUCGUAUCCGAGACUGUGAUUCACGGCACUGCCGCAAAAAACCGAAUAACGCAUUCAUAACGCUUGUCGGUUUUUGUUUGGUGCUGAUUGUUUUGUGCGCAUUCCUACUGGGCGCGCUCAUUUACGUCGGUCGCACAAUUGUGAAUGGGCCCGCAGCUGCCACUGCAACAACAACAACAACAACAACAGCCGGCGAACAUUUGACAAAUGAACAGCUGUUUUCGCCAGCAAAUUUAUCAAUUUUACGGAUAAGAACAACAACCGAUUUCUCCACUUCUGCAGCUACUAGAAUAAGCAAACCGAAAAUGAAAUCCGCAAAAUUAGCUAUUGAUCCAGCCGUGGCUGCCGCCUCCAAAGUAUUGGAGAAACUGAGUUUUCGAUUGCCCAAAGAGAUUCGCCCACAACACUACAGUUUACGUCUGCAACCUGAUAUGGUGAAGAAACUUUAUCAGGGCACUAUUACAAUCAAAUUGGAAGUGGUGAAACCAAUAUCGUACAUACCCGUGCAUGCGAAAACGUUAAACGUAAGCACAGAGGAGGUAAUGCAGUUGGGUGAAGCUGGUGCGCCCGUGGCUAAGCUCUCGCCAACAUUGACAUUUGCACAUCCGGAAUUCGAGUAUUGGGUAACGGAAUUCAAGGAUCCAUUGCAAGUUGGUAGCUAUACGCUGCAAUUAGCAUUUAACGGUUCGCUAACCGAUCGUAUAGUGGGUUUCUAUGCCUCGUCGUAUUUGGAUAGCAAAACGAAAGAACGAAGAUGGAUUGCCACCACCAAGUUCGAACCAACCUAUGCCCGCACUGCUUUCCCUUGCUUCGACGAACCAGCGCUAAAAGCCGCUUUCAUCAUUACAGUAGUGCGUCCAACCGAGGGUGGUUAUCACGCGCUAUCAAAUAUGCCUAUCGAAUCUGAAGUCGUUAAUGGUAAUGUGACGGAAGUAACUUUCUCGCAAAGUGUGCCCAUGAGCACUUAUUUGGCCUGUAUAAUUGUAUCUGAUUUUGCUUCUCAGUCGAAAACCGUAAAUGGCACCCUCGAAGGUGCUGAUGAUUUUGAAAUGCGUGUGUUUGCAACAUCCAAUCAAAUUGAUAAGGUCACUUAUGCCUUGGAUAUUGGUGUCGGCAUCACCGAAUAUUACAUUGGGUACUUCAGCGUAUCUUAUCCGCUACCAAAAUUAGAUAUGGCUGCGAUACCUGAUUUUGUUUCGGGUGCCAUGGAACAUUGGGGUCUGGUGACGUAUCGGGAAACAGCGCUGCUGUAUGAUCCUACAAUCAGUUCGAGUGCUAAUAAGCAGCGGGUAGCUACUGUGGUGGCGCACGAAUUAGCACACAUGUGGUUCGGAAAUCUGGUUACCAUGAAGUGGUGGAAUGAUUUGUGGCUGAAUGAAGGCUUCGCCAGCUAUAUUGAAUACAAAGGAAUUAAUAAAGUGCAUCCAGAAUGGGACAUGCUUGAUCAAUUUCUUGCCUCUGAUUUGCAUAGUGUGCUCAAUCUUGACGCCACUUUGGCAUCACAUCCCAUUGUGCAAACAGUUGAAAGUCCUGCGCAAAUUACAGAACUCUUUGACAGCAUAACAUAUUCGAAAGGCGCUUCCGUAAUACGUAUGUUAGAAGAUCUGGUGGGUGAGGAGAAGUUCCGCAAUGCCACUAAGAAUUAUCUGCUUAAAUUUUACUACAGCAACGCAGAGACUGACGAUUUCUUAACAGAAAUUGAAGCAUUAGAAUCUGAUUUUGAUGUUAAAUUAAUCAUGCAAACAUGGACUGAACAAAUGGGUUUGCCUGUUGUGGAAGUGGCGAAGGAUGGUAAUACAUAUACUCUUACACAAAAGAGAUUCUUGUCGAAUCCGGAGGACUACGACGCUGAGUUCGAGGAAUCGAAAUUCAAUUAUCAUUGGUCCAUUCCAAUCACGUAUUACACAAGUGACAAUGCUGAUGUUGAGCGUACAAUUUUCAAUUAUAAUGAUAACGAGGUCAAAAUAACUCUUAACUCCACUGCUGAUUGGAUUAAAUUUAACAAAAAUCAAGUCGGCUAUUAUCGUGUUAAUUAUGCGCCUGAGCAGUGGCAGCAACUAACGAACGCCCUAAUUAGCGCCCGUGGUCAGUUCAGCAAUGCCGAUCGCGCACAUCUCAUCAAUGAUGCAUUCUCUUUGGCCGAUGCUUCACAGCUGGACUACAGCAUUGCACUGAACUUAGUGUUAUACCUGGAAAAAGAGUUGGAUUAUGUGCCAUGGAGUGUGGCUAGUUCGCGUCUCUUAGAUAUCAGUAAUCUGCUCUACUACACCGAUUCAUAUCGCGACUUCGUAGUUUUCGCACGCAAGCUAAUAGUGAAUGCUUAUGAAAAUGUCACAUGGACAGUGAGCACUGAUCAUUUGGAUAAUCUAUUACGUGUAAGUUUACUAAAUUUGGCCGGCCGUUUCGGUUAUGAGCCCAUGUUGAAGGAGGCAGCUACUCGUUUUACCGCUUGGCUUAGCAAUUCCACUGACAGGCCUGAUCCGGAUAUACGUUGGGCUGUGUAUUACUUUGGCAUGCAAAGUGUAGGCGAUGAAAAGUCAUGGGAUCAGAUAUGGGAGCUAUUCAUUAACGAACAAGAUGCGCAAGAGAAAGUCAAAUUGAUGGAAGCUUUGUCGGCAGUAAAUUCACCGUGGAUAUUACAACGUUACAUCAACUUGGCAUGGAACGAGAGCUAUGUACGUAGCCAGGAUUAUUUCACUUGCCUCUCGUACAUAUCACGCAAUCGCAUUGGACAAAGUUUGGUGUGGGAUUAUGUGCGCGAGAAUUGGCCGAAUUUAGUUGAGCGCUUCGGCAUUAACGAACGUUAUUUGGGCCGAUUGAUUCCAACGAUUACGGCGCGAUUUGUCACACAAACGAAAUUGGAGGAAAUGGAGGCAUUCUUUGCCAAAUAUCCUGAAGCUGGUGCUGGUACCGCAGCACGAAAACAAGCUCUGGAAACAGUCAAGUUCAAUAUCAAAUGGCUGCAGCUGAAUAAGCAGAAAAUUGCGCAGUGGCUAUCAGAGCAAACCACGGUUGAUGAAAGUAUAACGACGACAACUGUGGAGCCGACAACUCAGCCGGCUAGCACACAGUAAAUUUCCGAAUUUAUAAAUAACGUAUUCCACCCAAAGUCAUGAUAAUUGCGUGAUUUUAUUAAAGCUUUUGUUUAUUUUUUACUCAAAUAGUAUUUUACAGUAUGAAUUUAUGUAACUACUAUACAUGAAAAGUGUUAGAUUUGUUACAGUUUAUUGAAGUGCAAACAUUUGAAAUGGAGACAAUAAAACUGAACUGUUUAUAAAAUGAAGU